AUGGACGCCACAUCACCCGUCACAUUGCGUACGCGCAAGUUCAUCACUAACCGUUUGCUUCAACGCAGACAGAUGGUUUUGGAUGUCAUUCACCCAACCCGUGCAAACGUUUCCAAGGAUGAACUUCAAGAGAAGUUGGCAGCAAUGUACAAGGCCAACAAGGAACAAUGUGUUGUUUUCGGAAUGCGCACUCACUUUGGUGGUGGUCGCUCAACAGGCUUCGCUUUGAUCUACGACUCUCGCGAAUCCAUGAACUUCGAACCACGUUUCCGAUUGGUCCGUAAAGGAUUGGCUGCCAAGGUCGAAAAGGCAUCUCGUAAAUUGCGUAAGGAACGUAAGAACCGUGCCAAGAAGCUGCGCGGAACAGCCAAGAAAAAGGGUGCUUCCAGCGACAAGAAGAAGUAAGCGCAAUACCUCCUUUUCGCAAUUGUUACCACCACCAUUCAAUUUGGCAACGACGUCAAUCGACAUUCGUGACCUUUAUUUUGUCGUU